AUGGGUUCUCUAGCCACAAUCGCCAAACCUUGGUGGAAGGAUGCGGUCGUCUAUCAAGUGUGGCCGGCCAGUUUCAAGGAUACCAACGAUGAUGGCGUUGGUGACAUCAAAGGCGUUAUCGAGUCCUUGGACCACAUCCAGGGUCUAGGUGCCGAUACUGUCUGGAUGUGUCCCAUCUACGCUAGCCCUCGCAUCGACUUUGGCUAUGAUAUCUCUGAUUAUGAGGCCAUCGAUCCAAACUUCGGUACCAUGGAGGAUGUCGAAGACUUGAUCCGUGGCUGUCACGAUCGUGGCAUGAAAUUCAUGAUGGACUUGGUAGUCAACCACACCUCAGACCAGCACAAAUGGUUCCAAGAAUCUCGAAGCUCCAAGACCAACCCCAAGCGUGACUGGUAUAUCUGGCGCCCUGCUAAAUACGACGAGCAAGGGAACCGCAUCCCUCCCAACAAUUGGCGAUCCAACUUUGUGGGUAGCACGUGGACCUGGGACGAGACGACCCAAGAAUACUACCUCCAUCUCUUCGCUCCCGAGCAACCCGACCUCAACUGGGACAACUUGGAACUGCGCAAGGCGGUCUAUGACAGCGCCGUCAGGUUUUGGCUGGAAAAGGGCAUCGACGGCUUCCGGAUCGACACCAUGACCAUUUACAGCAAGAACCCUGCGUUGCCCGACGCACCGAUCACGGAUCCCGGCUCCCCAUACCAGACUGGACGAAAGUGGUACGGUGACCAGCCCAAGGUCUUUGAGAUCCUCUCAGAGAUGACGGCGAUCAUGGACGAGUACGGAGAGAAAAUCACCGUUGGCGAGUUUGGUGGGCUCAAAGAUCUGAGCGUCGCACUCGACUACGUCGGGGCCAGCAAACGUUGCGUCGGCAUGGGCUUCCAGUUCGAGACGGUGUGCAUCGGAUACGCCCUGAACCACUGGCACAUCCGCGACUUCCCCCUACAAGAGUUCAAGCAGACGGUCGGCAAGUGGCAGCAAUUCGUCGAGGGCAACGACGGCUGGACGUGCAUGUUCCUCGAGAACCACGACAUUGCACGGUCGGUCUCGCGAUUCGGCAACGACUCUCCGGAAUUUCGGGCCGUGUCCGCAAAGAUGCUGGCCGUUUUACAGGCGACGGCGACGGGGACCCUGUUCAUCUACCAAGGGCAGGAGAUCGGCAUGACCAACAUUCCCAAAUCCUGGCCCAUCGAGGAGUACCUGGACAUCAGUUCGCAAAACUACUGGAAAGACCUGACGUCGUCCACGGACGACAAGGCCGAACUGGACAAGGCCAUGGCCAAAGUCCAGAAAGUCGCCAGGGACCACGCCAGAACCCCAAUGCAGUGGAGCGACAAGCCCCAUGGAGGCUUCACCACAUCUCCCAAUGGACCCUGGAUGCGCACCAACGACAAUUAUGUCGACAUCAACGUGGAGAAACAGGUCAAGGAGACCGACAGUGUGCUGUCGUUCUGGAAACGUAUGUUGGCGCUGCGCAAGCAGUACUCGGACGUCUUCGUCCAUGGAACGUGGAGAACGUUGGACGCCGAGAACCCGGCGACCAUGACAUAUGUCAAGGACGGAGGAGACAAGAGGGCUCUGGUCGUGCUCAACUUUACCGAGAAAUCCCAGCCUUCCAAUAUACCAGAAGAGUUCAAGGGUUUGGAAGCCGCGAUUACAAACGUCGACGAGUCGGUGCCUGACACGCUGAGUCCGUUCGAAGGAAGAGUUUACAUCAGGUAG